AUGUGGCUGCUGCACCUGUUGCUGGCCCUGCUGGCUCCUGUCACUGCUGCAGGCUGCCAGGGCGCUGAGCUCGACAGGCAGCUCAUCCUGGCCAAGCUCCGAGCCCAGGUCCUGGAGUAUCUCAGUCCCAGCAGCCCCAGGAGCCGGGCCCAGCAGGAGCGCAGGGGGAUGCACAGGAGGCACAUCCCAGGGACUCCAGCCCUCCGGGGCCAGGAGCUCGAGGACACCUCCCAGGUGAUCCUUUUCCCCACCACAGAUGUGCCAUGUGAGCCACCCCAGCCGGACGAGCUCCCGGAGGACGAGAGCGUUUUCACCUACCUCUUCCAGCCUUCACCUCACACCCUGAGCCGCGUGGUGACAUCCACCCAGCUCUGGUUCCACACAGGCCCUGACCUCGUGCCCCCUGGCUCAUCAGCUGCUGCCAACCGCUCCGCAGGGGGGGCAGACGUGCUGAUCCUGUCGGGGCAGGGCCGGGUCACCGUGGCAGCCACUGUGGUGCAGGCAGCCGAGCAGUGGACGGUCUUUCACUUCGCCGCGCCCUUCCUGCACUACGUCUCCCAGAAGCUCUUUGUGCUGCUGGUGCGCUGCCCGGGCUGCCCCUGCACGGCCGAUGCAGACAAGAUGCCCUUCCUCAUGGCCACCACCAAGCCCAAAGGGCCGGACAGAGCCCGCCGCUCCUCCGUGCCCUGGUCCCCGGCUGCCCUCAACCUGCUGCAGCGCCCGUCAGAGGACGCCGCAGCCCACGCUGACUGCCACCGGGCCGCCCUCAACAUCUCCUUCGAGGAGCUGGGCUGGGACAAGUGGAUCGUGCACCCCAGCAGCUUCGUCUUCCACUACUGCCAUGGCAGCUGCUCCGACGCCCACACCCUGAGCCACACGCUGGGCUUCCGGCUGUGCUGUGCGGCCCUGCCCAGCACCAUGCGCUCCCUGCGCGUUCGCACCACCUCCGACGGCGGCUACUCCUUCAAGUACGAGACCGUGCCCAACAUCCUCACCCAGGACUGCGCCUGCAUCUAG